AUGGUUCUCAACUUGGUGAUAGUGAACAAACUGGCUAAACUGGAUGCUCAACAAUGUCCGUCAAGCAAAGAAGUGAAAGUGAGUCCGACGAAGCGGAAGAGAUCGAGAGUUCUAUCGUCACUGAGAAUUCACAAGUUACCUUCCACGGUCAGAAACGCUAUCUAUACAAUGGUAAGUGAAUGAAGAAAUAUGGAAAGUUUUUGAUGUCAUUAUCUUUCAGGUGGCCAUCGUGUCGACCUAUCUGAUCUCGAACUCUCUGCACAUUCUCCUAACGCUACUGGAAGUGACAAAGGCGUCGGUGCUGGUCGAGUAAGUGACUGACUGACUGGUCUGGUCGCCCGGGGCCCAUCGAGAGCAGCUGCCAGCCCUCUAAUAUUUAUGUGUUUCAUGCGUGGGGAGACUGAAAUUCAUGAGAAGCCAACUAUUUUACACUGGGUAAUAGGGGUAGAAAGUGCGGGCAUGAACGGAGACGCAGACUUACUUUGUGUUCUGUGAGGACGAACAAAAGGUCGGUCGGACCGAGAGUUGAGGGGCCAGAGAAGAAGAGGAUCCUCUCCGCUCGAGUAGACAUCACAUCAAGGAUCAAAGUGUUUUCAGCGAGCACGAUCCCUACAAAGCAUCGCUUCUGUACACGCUGCUCGGCGACGCGGUCAGUCUCCUUUACAUGGUCUCGUCGGCGAUCCGAGUGCUAAUCUACACCUACUGCAAUCCGGCCAUCCGACAUCAGCUCUUCUCGUUUCUCGGAGUUCGGCAGUAUCGUAAAGAUUCGGAUCAGUCGAAGAUCAUCGUCGCCGCUCCGCUACUUCUGGAGGGAAAACUCUCGAACAGUGUUUGA